AUGGUCCUGUCCUGUCUCCGGGGCUUUUUACUGGAGCGUGUCCGGGACCCUGAGGACCGGGACCCGGGGGAGCGCGUAAGGCUCGUGCUGUCCGCGGGCGCGUGCGGGGGUCAUCUGUUCGCGCGCGGACGGAUGCGGUACUCUCUGGGCCCCGGUGCGUCAGUGCGGUACUCUCUGGGCCCCGGUGCGUCAGUGCGGUACUUUCUGGGCCCCGGUGCGUCAGUGCGGUACUCUCUGGGCCCCGGUGCGUCAGUGCGGUACUCUCUGGGCCCCGGUGCGUCAGUGCGGUACUCUCUGGGCCCCGGAGCUGAGGCUCAUGGCUCUAGCGCGUCCUUCGGGAUCAUCACCUUUUAUGCGGCUCUGGCUCCACCCACGUGGGUCAGUGUCUGUGCUACAGGGUCAGUGUCUGUGCUACAGGGUCAGUGUCUGUGCUACAGGGUCAGCGUCUGUGCUACAGGGUCAGUGUCUGUGCUACAGGGUCAGUGUCUGUGCUACAGGGUCAGCGUCUGUGCUACAGGGUCAGCGUCUGUGCUACAGGGUCAGUGUCUGUGCUACAGGGUCAGUGUCUGUGCUACAGGCUCAGUGUCUGUGCUACAGGGUCAGUGUCUGUGCUACAGGGUCAGCGUCUGUGCUACAGGGUCAGUGUCUGUGCUACAGGCUCAGUGUCUGUGCUACAGGGUCAGUGUCUGUGCUACAGGGUCAGUGUCUGUGCUACAGGCUCAGUGUCUGUGCUACAGGGUCAGUGUCUGUGCUACAGGGUCAGCGUCUGUGCUACAGGGUCAGCGUCUGUGCUACAGGGUCAGUGUCUGUGCUUACAGGGUCAGUGUCUGUGCUACAGGGUCAGUGUCUGUGCUACAGGGUCAGCGUCUGUGCUACAGGUUGAACCGCAGCAGCAGAGCGUUAGCGCCCCCUGUGGGCAGUUGUGGAAAGUUCAAGUGA